AAGUCGCCGCCCGCACAUAACGCGUACGACAUGUACGAUGCAUCGCAAUAUUGUACGUCGUUAGUUCCGGCCUGUUAUUGUUAACCUGUAUUUUGUGUGUUUUUCAUGACAUUGUGAUUUAUUUCAUUGUUGAAGGUUCACCACGUAUAUAAAGGGUGAGGUGAAAAUUUGGAUGUUUGGCGGCAGGUUUCUAGUUGCAUUACCAACGAGGUUACUCAUUAGUACAGACUACAGUAACCAAGGACAGGCGGAUUCGACGACAUUGAACAAAGGCAUCAUUUGCAGUAGAGUGUCCAAGUUGAUCACAUGCUUUCACCACAGACCAAUAUUUCAGCACCACGCCCUACAGACUCACCGUCUUCCAGCAGAUACGCAGCGCUGGAUAACGGUGCAAACAUGGCCAAACGGAAAUGGCAGGUAUUACCUGGCCGCAACUCAUUCUACUGUGAUGGACGGAUUAUGAUGGCAAGACAAAAAGGAGUCUUCUAUCUUACCCUUGGUCUGAUUGUCGUGACUUGCACAUUAUUCUUUGCUUUUGACUGUCCAUUCCUAGCUGGCCGCCUCUCUGUUGCUAUUCCUAUUGUGGGUGCUCUCAUCACCAUCUUCUGCCUUUCAACACUUCUAAGAACAAGCUUCAGUGAUCCAGGGGUCCUUCCUCGUGCCACACCUGAUGAGGCUGCAGACAUUGAGAGACAAAUGGAGGUACCCAAUCCAGAUAAUCCCACUUACCGUCCUCCCCCUCGGAUUAAAGAAGUCACGAUUAAUGGUCAGACUGUCAAGCUCAAAUACUGCUUCACCUGUAAGAUCUUCAGACCGCCUAGAGCGUCACAUUGCAGUCUGUGUGAUAACUGUGUUGAGCAAUUUGACCACCACUGUCCAUGGGUUGGUAACUGCGUCGGCAAGAGAAACUACCGUUUCUUCUACUUAUUUAUUGUCUCUACGUGUUUCCUUGCAAUCUAUGUGUUUGCAUGUAACAUAACAACUAUAGUCCUAUUGAGCAACGAGGAAGGAGGAUUUCUAGAAGCCUUGAAGAGAAAACCUGCCAGAUAUCCUUUGCCAUUUAACUUCACUCCUAUUGCAAGCAUCAUCGAAGCAUUAAUCUGCUUCAUCUCGAUUUGGUCUGUGCUCGGACUAGCUGGCUUCCAUACAUAUUUGGUUGCUUCUAGCCAGACCACAAAUGAAGAUAUAAAAGGCACCUGGUCAUCCAAGCGAUCACAGGCAACCUUUAAUCCCUACAGUCACGGCUCAGUCAUCAGUAAUUGUUGUAUGGCUAUAUGUGGAUCCUUGGCACCCAGUUUGAUAGAUCGUAGAGGGUUUGUAGUUCCUAGUGACCCUGCUGUUGUAACAUCCAGUCCAACACGCCCACUCCAUUCAUAUGGUACAGCUGCACCUACAAACACUGUUAACUUCUCCGACAGUGAAGAUUCAAAUUCUAGACUCUCUUCCAGUAGUGAUUCCGAUCACCAUGACAACAAAGGAGGUUUGUCUGUUACCAUGACGAGCAACUUAACAGACCAAUCAACAGAUCCAUCUCCAUUUACCGUAGCUAAUGACACAAUGGGUCAAAGGUCAACUUCAGCUGUGACAUCCAAUGGUAAAGUCUUGCAUCUGGGCCCAGUCAAUUCAGUUCACCCAUCACCAACCACACCCAGAGAAACACAACCUCUACUUAGGUCAGAAGUCACCAUGGGUGACGGUGACAAACAGGGUCAGACUGUAUCCCCGCUGGGUGCAGGGGAGGGUGGGGAUUCUCUACAAGGAAUGAGCAACUGGGGAUUAGUCAAGUUGAGCUCAGUAUGAGAUUGCAAGUUUGUAUCAAUUUGUAUGUAGGUGUAUGAUAUCCUGUGUGUACACUAAUUGGUGUCAGUUAUGUCACUAAUAUGAAUGUAAAGCAGAAUUACUGAUAAAGCCAAGCACUUUACUUUAAUAUAAAUAUAUUUAGUAAAGCUUUCCGAACCUAAACAGUUUACAGAAAUAGGAAAAAAAUAUACUAAUGGUUCUGAAAUGACGACGAUUAUUCUGCUGCUAUCGCAGCCGGGCCGUGUCGCAGCCGGGCCGUGUGGCAGCCGGGCCGUGUGGCAGCCGGGCCGUGUGGCAGCCGGGCCGUGUCGCAGCCGGGCCGUGUCGCAGCCGGGCCGUGUGGCAGCCGGGCCGUGUGGCAGCCGGGCCGUGUGGCAGCCGGGCCGUGUGUCAGCCGGGCCGUGUGUCAGCCGGGCCGUGUGGCAGCCGGGCCGUGUGGCAGCCGGGCCGUGUGGCAGCCGGGCCGUGUGGCAGCCGGGCCGUGUCGCAGCCGGGCCGUGUCGCAGCCGGGCCGUGUCGCAGCCGGGCCGUGUGGCAGCCGGGCCGUGUGGCAGCCGGGCCGUGUGGCAGCCGGGCCGUGUGGCAGCCGGGUCGUGUCGCAGCCGGGCCGUGUGGCAGCCGGGCCGUGUGGCAGCCGGGCCGUGUGGCAGCCGGGCCGUGUGGCAGCCGGGCCGUGUGGCAGCCGGGCCGUGUGGCAGCCGGGCCGUGUCGCAGCCGGGCCGUGUCUCAGCCGGGCCGUGUGGCAGCCGGGCCGUGUCGCAGCCGGGCCGUGUCACAGCCAGGCCGUGUCACAGCCAGGCCGUGUCACAGCCAGGCAGUGACAAAAGAUAAUUUUUUCUGUCGCAAGGCUUGGAAAUUACUGGAAGCGCAAAAAUACCCCCAAAAAUAUUUUUUAUCUUAAGUACUCAUCUUUUUUUUUCAGAACCAUUUGUUUCAUUGUUCCUAUUUUUAUUUCUAUAAACAUUUCAGCCAUCUGGAAACCAAAAGGUUUGGAGAGCAGUGACAUCAACCAAUAAUAUCCAACCUCUUAGAGGUGGAGAUUAUUCAUUGAAGUUCAAUGAUGGUUCUUGUUUCUUACACUGUUAUUUAUGUUCUACUGUUUGCACAUGAACAAUGCUGUAACAUGAAGUGAAGUGAUUGGAAUGCACCGCAAUAUAUUUCAUAUAAACAUUUAAAAAAAAAACUGUAAAACUGCACUUUACUUUUGAUGCAUGUACUUGCUUUAAACGUUUAUUUUGGAAACUACUGUCUCAUGAUAGAGUUCUGACCAAUCCUUUUAUAGAAAUCAAUGUACGAGGUAUAAAUUGUAUAUUUACAUGUAUAGUUUUCUAAUUACAAAUCCCUGUGUGUAUUUAUUAUGAUGGUAAAUAGAAAACAAAUUUGCUGUUAUUAGAUUUGUAGGACUAUGUCAUAUACAUGAUGAAUGAAACAUGUAGCAUUCAUUGUAACAGUUUAGUAUGCAUACAGGGGCAUAUACUCGCGUCAGAAAAACAUUCAACCAUUGAUCAACAACAAAGCUAAAUCUUUUGGUUCUGACGGCCAAAUGUGUCCGGUCAUUUUGGUAACACUUCAUGGAGUGUUGCUGUCAACAAGUCAAUGUUUCCCAAUGCAUGCUGGUCUAGCUGUGAAAAUACUUUUGUAAACAUAACUCCACACUCCUGGACACAGCUUUGUAGGCUAUGUGUAAGGACAACUACAUAACGCAGUUAUGCAAAAUAGACAAUGACAUCGUUUUGACCCUACUAUCUGGUGUGUGUGCAGUACUGUUACUAUUUUUACAUGUGAUAUCUCAUGAAGAAAAAAACUGAUUUUUGUGUGUGUGAAUAACCAGAAUGCAGUGUUUAGUUUUUGGCUCUAUGGACCAAUCUUGAAUGCCAUUGCCUCUAAAUACCCAACGUUCACAUUAACAUGCUAUGGGCUUGUGCAUACUUUGCAACAUACAUGGACCAGAGUGCACUCAUCAAGGGAUAGCCACUAUCUACUGUACUGUCCAUGCACAGAGUCCAGUGUGGCCCUCUACAGGUCAAGAUGACAUUACAAGGACAAUUUCUAUUGCGAAUGUGCUACAUUUUAUAGUGCACAAAUUGAGGGAAAGUUGACUUAUCUUGACUGUCCCAUAUCCUUCAUUCACAAAUAGGAUUGGAAGGUGGAGUCCAGCUGUCGUACUUCACAUGGGCCCUUAUGCCAAGAAGUUAUUUAAUGCACAAAUUUGUCAUAAAUAUCACAUAUGACCGGAUGACAUACACUAGAGCCCUCAAUCCUUGCAUGGAACAAAUCUUUCCAAAAAACAACCUGUGUACACAAUAGGCAUAGUCUGAUACCAUGCAAUAUUAGUUGUGUUUCAUGUUUGAGUUUUUUUACAUUGAUGUACAAGGUGGCACAGCACUAACUUGAAUCAGCUGGAAUGUAAUUACCAUUGUAAACAAUAAGCCUUUCGUACACUAAAAGAAUAUUGUGAUUCAUGAACAGUAAAUUCAGUAGUCUGGUUCUUUUGGUGAAAGGUAGGUGAUUGGCUUUGCAUUACUUUUCUGUGUCAGCGUUAUUGAUUUGCAAAGCAUAGUCAAAUGUUCUAGGUUUAUGACUGAUCAAGAUUUUUGUAAUUUAAAGUACUGAUUUGCAUGAUCCCUACUUUCCUCACGAGUAUCUCGGCCCUGGAAGUGGAUUACAUGCCAAGUGAGUAGCAUUGGUAAACUUGACAUUUCAAUUUUAAAGAUUUGUUCCCCGUGCUCUACUUUUGCCAUCAAUUCACACAGAAACCGUAGUAACAGGAUUCAGCAGGGGAGAAACUUGGGACAUGUUAGUUCAAUGGCCAAGCUACACUGUGCUUGUAAUGAUACCAUUAUUACCAGAUAAAAUGCUUGGAAAUCUAAAUGAAUUUUCCUUCACUUUUUUGCAUGGAGCUGGCCAGCAUGUCACUGUAAACAAUUCCAGGUCGUCCAUACUCAAUAACAUAGUGCUGUAGUUGACUCUCAUUAAUACAAACUCAACUGGAUUGAGCCAAAAUCUUUGUAAAUACAUGUAUCAGGAUUUUGUAUUAAGAAGAAGAUCAUUCUCCUUCAUUGUGCACAUAAAUGCACAGUCGGGACCAAGGCUUUAUGUUCACUUCAACCAGAAUUUGUAUUAACAGAGUUUGUAAUAAUGCUGUGUGUUGAUUUUCACUACCAUGAUGUAAUAUGCUGCUUUAUGUUACUGUGCUGACUGUGCUGUGUGAAUGGGCUGUAACACAAUUCAGCUUCACCAUUGCUGUAUCAUGCUUGUAUCAACCAAUAGUUAAAUAAGUUGGAUUGUGUUUCUGACACUGAUUUGUUUUCCAGUCCACGUUUGUUUAAAUUUUUUUCUUAAUAUAUUUGCUGUAAAGACUGGUGGUUUAUUUUUUUAAAAGGUAUUAUUUUAAUCACAAGAUUUAUAGGUAGAUCUAAGCCUAAAACAAUUUCUACAAAUGCAUAUGAAAUGCUGAUACUACAAGACAUCGCAUUGCCAAUAUCAGACAAUUUUGAUAAACUCAAACCACUGUGACCCGGGCUCUAAUCCUGCCUGGGCUAAUAUGUGGAUUGGGUUUUCAGUCCCUACAUGAUUCCGUGUGUUUUUCUCAGAACAUUUUUCUUGGGUUUUCCUCCCAAAUCUAAAACUGUAAUUUCUUGACAUUGUCUUCUCUUUACUGGGACCCAUGGGAGACCAGUGGAUUCCACUGAAUGGGCUGCCCAGUUAAGAUAAUUAAAUAGAAGUGUGGCUUUUAAGUGUUGAAAAAUGUGUCAUGGAUAUGUUUAUAGAAACAUGCCAUCACAUUUACACAUGAUGUACUUAUGUAGCUGGCAUUCUCAUGGAGGCUUAACUUUGCCUACAAUGUAAGUGGCCUUUGUUUGAUGGAUUUGUAAUGAAAAAUUGUUACAAACUGACAGAGUAUAAUCUUGUAAGUAUUGUUGCACUCAGUAGGAAGAUAUUUACAUAUUAUUUUGUACUAUACUGGUUGACCAUAAAUAAAGGAUGUAAUGUAAUGUA